AUGCCCAAAUUCCACGUCGAAAGGCAAUCACCAGCCGCGCAGCAACAGCCAUCUUCCUACUCGCAAGAACCCAACUCAGUGCCACCGAGCAGCAACAAAGAAGAUACUCCUCCAGCAGAGACAGAAAACCCUUCACAGUCGACAAUACCCGCAUCAGCUGCCACGCCGCCUCCCUCGGGCGAGCGUGUGCCAGACUCCAAACCACACUCGUUCGUUGAUUCCUCGACCGAUACCCUCCCCCCACCGCUUAUGUUAUUGCUGGAUUCCAUCAAGUCGACAUUAAAGACAUUUUUUGCAUCGAAGCCCCCGCACACCAUACAGAGACUCGCAGAACUAGUUCUCCGACCUAAUGCGCACUAUCGAACUCUCCCUGCGUACCUGCGCGCCGUCGACCGAGUCGUUUCCGUUACAAGUACCGCUGAUAUAUUUCCACUUCAAACAGAAACCAGCGCUGGUCAGGUCAACGGCGUCUUGAACGGAGGAGGGCAUGGUUUCAUGUUCCCAGAUCAUGCCCCAGGAAGUGAUGAGUCCCUGGGUGGGGCCUUGCUCACUCCCAUCCCUUGGUUGACCGGCGCAUCUUCCCCGGGCAACGACGGUGGAGCUACUCUCAGUGAAGGUCUCGUCCCAGGUGAUUCAUUAUCAUUGGUCGCGCAAACAUCACAGCCAGAGCAGGUCCAACAGCAGGCUCAGGAUCCGAUAGCACAAGCCCAAUCCUCAGAAACGACAGCGCAGAACGAGACUAUGGGUGGUACUAGCCCCCCGCCAGUCGAUUCGUCCGAGGAGAUCCCCCACGCUCGGGGCCCGCCGAUCUUAGGAGUAGAGGAUAUGGGCCUGCAGGACGGCAAGGGAGUCGAGAUGACUUUGGCGCAAGACACAAAUGCGCCUGCGGAUCAGUCGUCGGCACAGACCGAACAACCUAGUUCUACUGCUAAGGAACAAACCGAGAACCAGAAACCGGCGUCUCGGGCAAAUGCAGACAGCGACGGGGAUAUCCGGCUUGACGAUGCGAAAGAGGCUGGGGAAUCGGCUCCUGCUACAACAGCAACAGGAGCAGCUGCAGAGGCAGAAGCUAAUGAAACUCCCCAGGCGACUGAGAACAAGGAUUUUUAG